GGAAGAAGACUCACCAGGGAACUUUGCCAGAUCAAAACUCUGGAAAAAGCAGGCGAAAGUGAUAUGUAUUCUUCUUUUUUAUUUUUUUAUUUAUAUUUUCAAGUAUAAAUACUCUUCAAGACUUUGUCAUCAAAACUCCCCCAAGAGUUUCCUUCUUGCACAUUCAAUCAGAUUAAAGACCAAACCAUGAUGCAACCAGAACUUGUUCAGCCCACUUGGCCAUUCUACAACAUCAUAGGUUCACCUUUUGAUCAUCAAGUUGAAGAUUGUGAUCUCAACAUUGAUGAUUAUUUAAAUAUUGGUGGUUUUGAAUUCUCUUCUUCAUUUACCUCUAUAGAUGAGUACUCAGAGUUUUCAUCGAUCCCCAAUUUUUCACCCGUAUUCUCCAGUGAAUUUAUUCAAUUCCCUGUAGUUUGUGAUGAUGAGGUACAAGUCAUGUUACCGAUGGAGGAUUUUCCGUUGGAGUUGGAGGGGUUUGAGUGUAUUUUGAGUGAUGAAGUUGAGGGUUUAUGUGGAAGUUUUGAUGAAAGUGAGGGAAGUUUUCCUUCACAAAUGACCUGUGAAAGAGAAGAUGUAUGGAGUCCUAGCACAUCGGUGAAAUCCAGCGAGGCGUCGGUGGAUACAACAUUGACUUUGCCUGCAGAAGAAAUGGAAAUAGAUAACCAAGUGAGCGUUUCUCAUCUUCUCAAGGCUUAUGGAGAAGCCCUGGAGAUAGGGCAAAGAGAGCUUGGAGAAGUAAUUAUCAAAUGCUUAAGUGAGAAAGUUAGCCCAGCUGGUGAAGCCUUGGAGCGCCUUGCAUUCAAUUUAUCCCCUGACCUUGAAAAGCAAGGGGAAUAUCUAAUGCAAGAGUCCAGAAAAAACUUUGAGGCGGCCUUCAGGGCAUUCUACCAGUUUUUUCCAUAUGGUCGAUUCGCUCACUUUGCAGCAAACGCCGCGAUCCUUGAAGCCAUGCCGGAUGAUGCAGAGAUCAUUCACGUAGUGGACUUUGACAUUGGAGAAGGGGUUCAGUGGCCUCCAUUGAUUGAGGCCAUAGCACAAAGGAGUAAAACACUGAGAUUGACAUCAAUAACGAGGGAGGAUGAGGACUUAACUUGCGCUUCCUUGCCAUGGAGUUUUGCAGAGACAAGAAGGCAACUGUGUGACUAUGCAAGAUGUUUUGGUUUAAAUCUAAAGGUCGAGGAGAUGGGAAUUGAGGAAUUGGUGAGUGAGAUAAAGAAGAAAAGAGGUGACAGCAAAGAAUGGUUGGUUUUUAAUUCCAUGGUUGGACUUCCACAUAUGGGGAGAGAAAGAAGCAGAAAGCCUGUCAAGGAAUUUCUGCAAACAGCCCAGGACUUGUUGUCAAAUAAUGGCAACAUUACCAACAGAGGUAUGAUAACUUUAGGUGAUGGAGAUGCUUGUGAGGGACUGGCAUAUUGCUCAGGAUUUGGGUCAUUUUUUGAGGGGUAUUUGGAACAUUACCAAGCCCUUUUGGAAUCAAUUAAAUCCAGCUUCCCUGCACAUCUUGCAGAAGCAAGAAUGGCCAUGGAGUGUCUCUUUGUGGCACCUUACAUCUCUUCCCACGUUUGGUUCCAAAAGUGGGAAGAACAAAGACAAGGCUACCAACUUCAGGGAGGAGUUGGAUUGGAGGAAUGUAAAGUGAGCAAAGAAAUGCUGAUAGAAGCCAAAGAGAUGGUGAAGGGGGAAAAUUCUUAUGGGGUGAGGAUUGGAGGAUACAGUGAGAACGAGAUGAUUCUGGAGUGGAGAGGAACGCCAUUGGUGAGAGUCUCUACUUGGAGAAGUUAAAAAGCUCAAAGAUUAGAUGACCCAAAAAAUAUUCUGAAGUAAAUAUGUAUAACAGAAACACCACAUCAUUUUUCUCUGUUGUAUAGAUUAAUUAUGUUAUUAUUGUAGGAAAAUUAUUGGUUAAAUUGACAAAUGAUACCAGACAUUAUGAAUUCAAACGUGUACUUAAUACCCAAGUUUCAUUAUUUUGCAAAGACC